UUGUUGGCAUUUAAAAUGCGUAUAUGGAAAACUGCUUCCAAUUCUCCAACGCCACCAUCAACAAUAACUUCAUCGACAAAUGAUGUUAAUGUGGAUAAUGUUGUUGUUGAUGUGGAUAAUUCCUUAACACUUCGAACAAACAAAGGAAACGAAAACAAUAAUGAUGAUAUUAUUAUAGACAAUAUUCAUUGUCAAAAGAAAAAAAAAUCAAAUCGUUCAAAAUUUUUUCAUUCAUCAUCAUUUUCAUCAUGUUCAUCAUCAACAACGACAUCAACACAAUCAUCACAUGGUGGUGGUGGUGGUGAUAAUGAUAUUUCAUCAUCAUCAACAUCAUCUCCUUCAAAAAUUAUCUGUACACCUAAGAAAAUUUUAUCUAAUCUAACUAAUCAUCAUCAUCAUCAACAGCAAAACAAUAAAGAUUUUGAUAAUAAUGAUGAUGAUCAUCAUCAUACAACAUUGUCCAGUAGAUUUCGUUGUCUUUCAAAUGUAAAAAAUUUAAAAAAACAACAACAACAAUCGAUAUCAUCAAAAUCAUCAUCAAUAUCAUCGAUAUCAUCAUCAUGUUUAUCCAAUAAACAAUCUCAACGUGUUGGUGGUGGUUGUGAUUUAAAAAAAAUGGCUGCAGCAACAACAACAACAACUACUUCACAACAACAAGAUCAAACAGAUUCUACAAAUCAACAGCCACAAUCGAUUGAUUCAAUGGCACCAAUAUCAUCAUCAACAACAACAAGUGGUACAUCAAGUCCAAAUAUUCCAACUGAUAAUAUGAUGGCUACUACUGGUGGUGGUAUUAUGGUCUCAAGUUUAAUGAUGAAUCAAUCAACAACGAAUCAUCAUAACAAUAAUGAUAAUAAUCAUUCAUCUGGUCAUCAAAUAAGAUUUUCUGGUCAUACAAUUGAUAAAGCAACAAAAGCUAAAGUACAUUUAGAAAAUUAUUAUUCAAAUCUUAUAUCACAACAUUUGGAAAGAAGAAUAAGACAUGAACGUUUAGAAGAAUCAAUGCGUGAUGAAGGUCUUUCAGAAGAACAAAAACAAGAAAAACGUUUACAACAUGCACAAAAAGAAACAGAAUUUUUACGGCUAAAAAGAUCUCGAUUAGGUGUUGAAGAUUUUACACCAUUAAAAGUUAUUGGUCGUGGUGCAUUUGGUGAAGUGAGAUUAGUACAAAAAAAUGAUACUGGACAUGUUUAUGCAAUGAAAAUAUUACGUAAAGCUGAUAUGGUUGAAAAAGAACAAGUUGGUCAUGUUAGAGCUGAACGUGAUUUUUUAGUUGAAGCUGAUCAUCAAUGGGUUGUUAAAAUGUAUUAUAGUUUUCAAGAUUCUAUUAAUCUUUAUUUAAUUAUGGAGUUUCUACCUGGAGGCGAUAUGAUGACUUUAUUGAUAAAAAAAGAUACAUUAACGGAAGAAUGUGCACAAUUUUAUAUUGCUGAAACAGCAUUAGCAAUUGAAUCAAUACAUAAAUUAGGUUUUAUUCAUCGUGACAUUAAACCGGAUAAUUUAUUAUUGGAUGCACGGGGCCAUAUAAAAUUAUCCGAUUUUGGUCUGUGUACUGGAAUGAAAAAAUCUCAUCGUACAGAAUUUUAUCGUGAUCUAUCACAAGCUAAACCCAGUGAUUUUACAUCAAGUCCAAUGGAUUCAAAACGUCGUGCUGAAUCAUGGAAAAAAAAUCGUCGACAAUUAGCCUAUUCAACUGUUGGUACACCGGAUUAUAUUGCACCAGAAGUUUUUAAAAAAACUGGUUAUGGUGCAAGUGCCGAUUGGUGGUCAUUAGGUGUUAUAAUGUAUGAAAUGUUAAUCGGUUAUCCACCAUUCUGUUCGGAAACACCACAUGAAACUUAUCAAAAAGUAAUGAAUUGGCGUGAUACAUUAGUGUUUCCACCUGAAGUUCCUAUCAGUAAUGAAGCACGUGAUCUCAUUUUAAGAUUUUGUAAUGAUAAUGAUCGUCGUAUUGGUUCACAUCAUGGUAUCGAUGAAAUUAAACAACAUUCAUUUUUUAAGGGCGUUGAUUGGGAACAUAUUCGUGAACGACCGGCAGCUAUACCUGUUGAAGUUAAAUCAAUCGAUGAUACUUCAAAUUUUGAUAAUUUUGAUGAUGUUGAUUUAAAAAUUCCAUCCGCAUCGAAUAAAGAUCCUGAAAGCGGUGGAAUCAAAGAUUGGGUAUUCAUCAAUUAUACAUUUAAACGUUUCGAAGGACUAACACAUCGUGGCGUUAAACAGCCAAGAAAAAGUUGAAUUUCUGUUUAUGUUUUCUUUUGUUUUGUUUUUCACUUUCAAUUAGACACACACACAUACACAUUACUUCUCUCAUUUAUUUUUGUGAUCAAAUUUUAUUUUAUUCUUUAUUCAAAUGCUGAUAAUGUUUCAGAAAAGUAUUCUUUUUGCUAAUUAUUUUUUUUUCAUUUUAUUUUUCUCAUUGAUCAAUUGAUCGUU